UCCCGCCCGCGGGCGGCAGAAACAGGAAGUGGGGAGCUGCACUCUGAGCUGCCGGAGCGGGCUGCUUUCGUUCUCCCGGCGUCCUCGCAUCCAGCCGGUGGAGUCGUACCGCUGCUCUAGGUAUUGCCACUCGAAAAAAAUCUUGCAAACAUGUCGAAUAUGGAGAAACACCUAUUUAACUUGAAGUUUGCUGCAAAAGAACUUAAUAGGAAUGCUAAGAAAUGUGACAAAGAAGAAAAGGCUGAGAAGGCCAAGAUUAAAAAGGCCAUUCAGAAAGGAAAUACAGAAGUUGCAAGAAUCCAUGCUGAAAAUGCAAUCCGUCAGAAAAAUCAAGCAAUAAAUUUCUUGAGAAUGAGUGCUAGAGUUGAUGCUGUGGCUGCCAGAGUCCAAACUGCAGUAACAAUGGGCAAGGUAACAAAGUCCAUGGCAGGCGUAGUUAAAUCUAUGGAUGCUACACUGAGGAGUAUGAACCUUGAAAAGAUUUCUGCGUUAAUGGAUAAAUUUGAACACCAAUUUGAAACUCUAGAUGUUCAAACACAGCAAAUGGAAGAUACAAUGAGUAGCACUACAACCCUAACAACUCCACAAAACCAAGUGGAUAUGUUGCUUCAGGAAAUGGCAGAUGAAGCUGGGCUUGAUCUCAAUAUGGAACUGCCACAGGGUCAGACAGGUUCUGUUGGCACAAGUGUUGCUUCAGUUGAGCAGGAUGAACUGUCACAGAGACUUGCUCGUCUUCGUGAUCAAGUAUAACUGAAAGAACUGGUGCUUCUAUUUUCUUCACUUGCUGAAAUAUUCUUCGUGUGUAUUUAUAAAUAAGUUGCACUCCAUUUGCAUUAAAAUCUCCAUAUGCGAAUAUGCUUAGACUUUAUUUGUAUAUAAUGCUUUCUUUUGUCUUGCUGUAAUUUCCAACACAUUUUUUUUCCCAGGCAGUUUCCACCUGGGAAGAUUUUUCAGUUCUGUAUAUUAUGUGUAAAAGUGUGAGGGGCAUAUUUUUGUAGAUAUCUUUGGCAAAGCUAGCAUUAAUUUAUUGUAUAUUAAACAUCUUCCUCAAAUAUUAGAUCAAAAGUGUAGCACCAAGUACUUCUAGUUAAAGUACUUUUUACAGAAUAAAGUAUAGAAUAAAAGUUUUGGACUUAAUUCAAAGUCAUUUUUAAUCUUUGUAGUGACAAGUGCUUCAUAAACAUAAAAGCAGGGAAAGUGUGUUUACUUAAUAUGUUUUACUAUGUUUACAUAGCCAGAGGACCUCAUUUAGUGUCACACAAUGAACAAUGCCAUUUUCUGUGUUUUUUUUGUUUUGUUUUGUUUUGUUUUUUGUCUUUUCGAUACAGGGUCUCACUAUGCA